AUGCAAACCCUCUUCGAGUGGAUCCAAAAUAUUCUGUUUGGAUGUAUCGAUGUCUUGGAGGCCAUCAUCGAAAGGUUGGACACCAGUUCUGUGGCUGAAGACUGUGUCGAUGGCAGCGACGGCAACGAUAGCUACGGAAGCGAUGCCAUUACAGACCCGGAAGACGGGCGAGCGGUUGAAUCGGCGCCGGAAUCGCCACUCAAACCAGAAUCCGAUGAUAAGCCAGAAGUGGUGCCGGAAUUUGAGACUAUUCCAGACCCCGGUGUCGAUGAUGGCCAGGAAGUGGUUGCCGUCGACGGCGAUGCCAUACCUGUUCCCGAAGCCAGCGAACCAACUGUCGAUGAGUUGAAGCAAAAGUAUUACAACAUUUGCCACGAUUUGGACGAUUGGGUCAAACAAUUGGACGCUUUGAAGGGUAUUCAGAGUUAUCCGCGCUUUCAGUGCCAGAAGUAUGCGGACACACCAUCGCCGGUACAUCCGUCCCAUAGUCAGCCCAUUAGAGUGCCGCCCAUUGAGUACCAGUCCGGCGGCUUCACAGAGGAGAGAAUUUUCUUCAAGAAGUUAUCGUCGGCUGAGAUCCAAAGACUGACAAACAGUAGUCCAAAAGUGAUCACAAAAAGUGUAUCAAAGAGUCCGCCGAAGGAGAGAACAAAGUGUCGGUUCCCUGACUGCCGGUUCGUUACGAGGAGAGGACAGUUGGGUAUCAGUGAACACGUGAAAGAAAUGCACGUCAAUAGCGUGGACACGGAUACCGGUUCUUCUAGUUUGCACUGUCCGUACCCUAACUGCCAAUACGUGACAAAAUCGGGACACAGUUUGAAGAAGAAUCUCACGAAACACAUCCAGAGGUUGCAUAAGAUUAAGUCAUUAAAUACAGUGAAACCGGGGUUUAGUGGCCAACAAAAGGGAACUACACUCUUGAAUAAGAAAAAGACAUUGAGUUGCACUUAUAGCGGGUGCCACUUCUCGACCAUUUAUGGCACUCAUAAUUUGAAUCGACACGUUAUGUCAGUUCACUGCAAACAACAUCCCAUUACCACCGGAUCAGUCACUCCACUAAAAGCUGACAUUAAAGUCAACAAUAUUGGGAAGUCUACCAAAAGCGGCGGUAAGACUACCGGUGCGCCGUUGAGGUGUACUAAAUGUAGUUUUAUGACUCGACACGGAUUCGCGAAACUCCGAAACCAUAUGAUAAUACAUAACCGAGAGCUGGCCUUCAAGUGCACGCAAUGUGACGCCAGUUUCGCCUCCAAUAAGCCCCUCUUUAAGCAUAAGAGGUCUGUCCACAAAUCAACGGCUCCCGUAAGGGCUGCCAAAAGGGAUUACAAGAAUGAGUGCGACGUUUGUCAUCAGCUCUUUAAAUGGCCGUCAGAUAUGCGAAGACAUCGACGCAAACAUGAGAUCAACGAUGAGUCGAAAGUGGAGACGCCUAACAGCCGGGACGCGGAGGACGGGCAGAGUGUUUGGUAUCACGAGUGCUCGCACGAGAACUGCCACUUCAAGACCGACCGGUUGGGCGUACUUCAGAAGCAUGUCAUCAGUCAUAUCGUCAAAAAAGAAAGGGAUAUCAAUACUGACGAACCCAUUGAUACAAAUACAGCCAUUAAAUCUGAAUUAGUUUCCGAUGAUAACGACGCCAAUGAUGUGGAUAUGAAUCACUCAUAUGUGACACCAUUUAGUGAGUCCGGGGAUGAAGGCAUGAGUUCUCCUGUGAAACAAGAGUUUGAAUCAAACGAACCAAAAGUUCCCAAAACCUCUUUCAACGAACACCAAGAAAGUGGUGAAUCGUCUCUAUUGUCUUCGCGGAUGUCUUUAAGCACACGACUCAUGAAGUCGUUGUUCAAAUGCGACGCAAAGGGUUGUCGGUUCGCGUCAGACAACUACGAAGACUGGAUUAAACACAACGACUGGCAUCAGAGCCAAGAGAAUACGCGAAUCAAAUGCAUUCGUUGUCCCAAGUCUUACACAAAACGCAAGUACCUUAAGGCUCACCAAAGACUCAAACACCACAUCUCACACGACUGCGAGGUUUGCCAACAGAUGUUCAAAAGUGUGCCGCUUCUGGAGCAGCACAUGAUGUCCGCGCAUAACAUGUCUCCCGAAGACAUCCGAAACCUACCGACGAAGACGGCUAAGAAGUCUUCGCCGAACACAUCGACACAUAAAUCCAGUGCGGAUCCGAUGUUAGGCUCGGAGUUAAUGAAUAUGCUGUCCAAACAAAAGCCUAAUCAGUCGACGAAUGACUUUUACGUGAGCUGUCCGUACGUCCGGUGCCGCAAACAAUUCAAGUUAAGAGCUUUAAUGGCAUUUCAUUUCAAUAAAACACAUAAACAUAUCAAAAACGAGAGUCUCAUACAUAUAACGGACGAGUCGUGUCGGUGCCCGGAAUGCGGACAACUGUACACUAAUAUUGGAAAUAUGAAACGACACCACAGUCUCGCCCAUAAGAAUGGCGCCAUAAAUGGCAAUCAAUCCGAAGAUAUAAUGCCAAACAUAAAUCCGGAGAUAUUUAACACGACGUUCCCGUCGACAGAGCCCACCGAACCCCUGUCCCCGCAAACCAAUAGUUAUAAUUGUCGUCGAAAUGGUUGCGGAAAAUGGUUUGAUUCGGUGAACAGUCUUCGGCAGCACUUGAGUCAGGAGCACAACCGUCGCAUAGAGUCCAGGGAAUCGGUUCCAGAGGUGACGGUCAGUGUUAUGCCCCCUCAAGAGGAUGUACCCACUGGUAGCCCUUGUUUGCGCUGUGAUAUCUGUGAUCUCGAUAUGGAAUCUACUGAGGAACUGGAGAUGCAUUUCAAGUACAUUCACUUUGCGGACACAGAGGGGGCGCCGGGCGGCUAUCAAUUGGAUGCCGAACAGUGGCUAAACAUACCGUCCGAACUGACUGUCGAGACAAUUGUGGCCCAAACUGAUGACAACGAUAUGAUUACAAUCGACUGA